AUGGCUGAUCCGGCGCAGCCUGCGGAGCCUGUGGAGCCUGCGGCCCAACCAGAGGCGCCAGGUUUGCCUUCUCACGGAAGGCAGUCUGUGAUCACUGCUGAUCCAGUGGCAGAGGCAGUUCGACAGGCGAACCUCCAAGCCCAGCGUGAGAUUGUGGAAAAUGUGGUGACUCUUCUCCGAACUCCUGCGGUCAGCACACAGCUUUUGAUGCUUGAGCAGGACGAAAUCCAGCGCUUCAGUGUGGCAUUCCACCAGGCGCCCCCUUUCUUUCGGCAGACGUAUCAAACCCAGCAAAACUUCGCAUGGGCCCUGGCUGGAUUCAAUUGGGUGGUGGGCAGCUUCUACCGUGGUGGUGAGCGAAGCAACGAGACCAUUGCAGAGAUCUGCGCAGAACUGUCCAUGUCGGAGGGCACGCUCAUCGAUGAAGCGCGCGACCUGAUAAGCAGAAUGCCCCCUUUGGCUCAGAUUCCGCAGAAGUGGGUCCGAGUGGCGGCUGCUGUGAAAGAGCAGCUUGAGCAGUUCACAUUGUCCCAAACCUCCUCUGGUGGCAUCCACAAGUGCUUCAUUUUGAUCUAUCCGUACGUCAUGAACGGCUGUGCAAGGAGGUACCAGCUUCGUGGAGUUCAGGACUCACGCCGAAAUCAAGUUGAAUCAAAUAAUGACGAUUGGGCUGGCUGGGCUUUGCCCAUGAACAAUGAGGGUUACUUGCUGCAUUUGGCACUGUACUGCCGCGACGUCUUGAAGUUUGCGGAAGCUUUCUUGGAGCGAACCCAGAUUGGCAACCACCGCGCUGGACCCAGGUGUUUGGAUGGCUUGGUUCAGCAUGCCCAGCAGAUUACUAGCCUGGAAGACCGCAACAGGGCCAUCAUCCGGGAUUCAUUCUUCUUGCGUGGCUUUGGACCAGUGAGGGAUCUGCAGCAACAGGUGGGUGUGCAGUACACAGCAGUGUCGGCCCAGGUGACCCGCAACGAGGAUUUGGCCAUUGUGCACCGCCUGGAACCUGGCACCCUUCAGUUCUUCGCUGCUGGAUCGCAGCCUGGACCUGCUGCCCGCAGUGUUUGGGUCAGUGCUGAGGGUGGCGGUUGGUUCUAUGUGGUGACGUACAAGCAGGCCAUCAAUGCACAGUCUCCCUUCAAGACCCCCGAUUGGAUCCUUCAGGCACGGAAGUUUCAAGCAUGGCACUGCAGGCCUGGCUCCUGCAAGGAAGUGAGCAUGGUGUGGACUGGCAACAACGCAGACGACUUUGAGCUCCUGUGGGAUGGAAUGCAAGUUGACCGAGCUUUGGUGGCUCGCAGAACGAAGUCAUGCACGGUGAUGGCUUUGUGGCUGGUACGUGAAGUGGACGCAAAGGGCAAGCCAUUUGCCUUGCAUUUGGCUCGUUGCAAUCAAUGGCUUGACAGUGGGUUGGUGGAAAGCGGCUUCCAAGGGGCUAGGUACUGUGUGGAGACGCUGCGGGACACUGGCGACAUGCGGGAGGCCGUGAAUGCCCAUUACCAGCGGUAUGGUGGCCGCUCCAACUGGUCUGGGUGGCAGAGAGGAGGCCGUGGCGGUGGCGGAUGGGAUCGAGAUGAUACUCCUGUGGUGGCAACAGAGUGGAUCCCACCAACCAAUUGGUUUCCAGAUCAGCCACAGCCUGCUGCUUUUCAGCCACCGCCUGCUGCUUCUCAGCCUCAGCCUGCUCAGGAGCCACAGCCUGACCCGCACCCUCAUGACCCUUGGAUGCCAGAUGCCUGGCACCAGUGA